GCGCGUUAGCCUCGGAUGGCCUGCCUUAAUUUCUCCCGCCUUUUGUGUGUUUUACUGUCUAAACUUUCCCUUUGUCAGAUUUUGCGGUGUGCCGUGAUACGAUUCCAAUUUCGUGUAUACAAUAUACAGGGCAUUACGAACAUCUAGUUUAUUGAUUGCAACGGCCAGUGGCUUCUGCGGGGGAGGAUUACCGACCUAACACCUUGGACCCAACAAACGAGCAAACACGCAUUCAAGUCAAGUAGCGCCGUCAAGUGCGUUCGGCGCCCCUGUCAGCGUGAAACAUCGACUACGGUGACAUGGGGACGGAAUCUAUGGAAGAUGUCGGGACAAUACUGCGGUCCAUCCUCACGAGCGAAAAGUCGGGCAUACUUCUUCGAUACCUCGACAAUGAGUACAGGACCCUGACGGGCACUCGCAUCCCGUAUCGACAGAUGGGAUUCAGCACAUUAGAAGAGUACCUGCGCAGCAUCCCGGAUGUUGUCAGGCUGAGCACGAAUGCUGAUGGCAACACUGUGGUGCACGUGGUGGUGAGUGAAUCAACUGCUCAUGUCGCUCAGAUGGUCAGAGGCCAGAAGUCUUCCAAGCCUAGGCCCGUACGAAAGUCUUAUCGGCGGCCUUCGGGUCAAUAUAAUGCCGGGUACCGGCCAAACCACCUCCUUUCGAAGCUCACACGUUCGAGACCUGCGCCUACAUCCCCUGGAGACAAGCGACGACCAGGCUAUGAGCUCUACCAUCCACCACAGCAAAGGAGCUUUGGCACAACAUCCACCAGGCCAGUGCUUAAUCCAGGCAACUGGUCUCGGAAAGGCUCAACCACCAGCCAGUCCUCGGACAUAGGAGCCAAUGCCAAAACAACACUCAGUUCCAUUGCAAUUCACCAGCCCCGAUCGACGUACCAAACCCCGCCAAGGUUCCAAACAGCUACUACGCAUUCUGCCAGCUUCAGCAGAAGCCCAAGUAAGGGUCGCGAGGGCUGGGGCAAAGAGAGUGAGCCCAGGGAUGUAACUUCAGUUGUGGCACGGCAGUCGUCAACUGUUGCCAGUGCCAAGCAGUCUGAAAACAAGCAGUCUGAAAACAAGCAGUCUGAAAACAAGCAGUCUGAAAACAAGCGCAGCAGCUGGCAGGAGCUGGACAACAGCUGGUCGAAAAGCACGUACAAGCCGUCAACUAGAAGUGCAGCUGAGUUCUGGGAAUUUGGUGCAGGAGACACUGGCAAGCAGUCCUGGGCAUCAUCGCAGACCACAGCCACUGCCAGUGAGGCUAGCAGAAAAGGAAAUGACACGGCUCUGAGUGGCAAGGCCCCAUCAUCAGGUGUCUGUGCGGAGCCAGCCGAACCAGUGGCAACUGCUACAACCAACAAGAGCUUUGGCUGGGCUGACAAGCUGGGUACCAGUACGACAUUGGUGGCAGCUCCAGCACAGCCAAAGUCCACCACCACGGUAGCAAAGCCAAGCACUCCAACAGAACGGAGGCCCACGAUUGACACAGACCAGCCCCGGUUCGAUCCGUUCAGGCAACCGAUUUCCCUCGACUUCAUUCCCAUGCCUUCACCUGAACACGCGGCAGCAGCAGCAACAGCAGCGGCAGCGGCUGUGCCAAGCUUCAUGCCAUGUGCUGCAAUGCCUUCACCAGCUCCAAAGGAGCUCGGCAUUUCACUGCAGUCUCCCGAGCCUACCGCCACCAAAUCGCUGACACUCUCAUUGUUGCUGCCUGUACAUGCGUCCAGUGCACCGUCGGUCCAGUCACCACUAGUGCCCUCACCUGCUGGGCCCCUGAGCAAGCCACGACCAGCUGUAGAGGACGAUGACGAAAUACCCGUGAGGGGCAAGCACUUCACUGUGGACGAUGUGUCCAUCCCACAGACGCCCAACUGCCAGCUCGUUCUUGAAUAUGCGCGCCGGGAGGGCCUUCAACAUUCAUAUAGCACCAUGCAAGACCGCAGCCAGCGGAAGAAGGGCCCUGCAACCUGGCUGGCCACGUUGCGACUUGGGGAAUGCAGGUUCGGGUCAUAUCCCGAGGAGAAGGCCACGCAGGAUGAAGCCAAAGAAACAGCAGCUGCACGGGCCGUUGCAGAGCUUGGGCUCUACCAGCAGGCUGCAUUGCCUACUUAUCCUGUGACCCCUGUCUCAUCUGCCGAAGAAAUAGCAGUCUUGGUAGGCCGUAUAACAAGUUUGCUGCAACCACAUGGAAUGGUCAAGGAAGGUGUGGAGUCUCUGUACAAAGAAAAUUACUCGGAGCAGCUUCCAGGGAGCUGGUUUGAGCACCUUGUGCGGUCUGAGCUUGUCCGCGUUGACAGAGGAAGCCGCUGCAUUCUCUACCCACGCCCGGGCAUAGACCAGUCGUAUCUAGUUCAGCAGAAUGGUUCUGCAUUGUCAAAUGACUUGACCAGCUCGCCGAGCAGCUCUACUGGUGAGCCAUCCACCAUCACCGAGUAUGUUGAUGUGUUCGUGUCCUGCGUCUCAACCACUGCCAGUGUGUGCUUCCGGUUCGUCGAAUAUGAAGCAACGUAUGAGAAACUACUUGAAGAUAUGGCUACAUUCUUCAACAGUGGGGCAGGCACUAAGGGAGUUGUCAGUUCGCCCGAACUGGCUGAACUGUAUGCCACCUUUCAUGACGAUCGCUGGCUCCGUGUCCAGCCCCUCAAAGAUGCCAAGUUCGGAAAGGUCGAAGUCUGCUUUGUUGACGAAGGAAACACCAGCCUGAUCCCGGUAGAAGAACUGCAGUUACUACCCGAGUGCUUUACUGAGCUUGCCCAUCAGGCAAUCGAGUGCCAACUUGAUGGGCUGGUUGGGUAUGCCAACUGUGAUGGCAUCGUCAAAAUCCUCAGCGAUUUACUUCUGGGGAAGACCUUGGUCGCUGAAAUUAUACAGAGGGAGGAUCCAGUGUCAGUAAUCUUGUUUGACACAUGGGGGCCUGAAGAUGUCAACCUGAAUCAUGCGGUAUUCUUAAGUUUAAUGAAACCGCGGCUCCCAGAGAAAGGCUGUGUGGGGUGCUGCUAUCUGAGCAAUGUUACCGACAGUGGCUUGUUUUGGAUACAAGUAAAUGGACCAGGACUUGAAACCCUCAACAACUUUAUGACCGCUGUCAAUGACUACUGCAAGGAGACCAAUUCAAUAACUGACGAUCCAGUGGUAGACAAGGUCUAUGGCUGCCGGAGUCGGUCAAACCUUAGCUUCUACCGCUCUGUUCUGCUUUCUCCUGAGCCACUACCUUCUGGAGAGUUCCGAGUGCUCCAUGUAGAUUAUGGCUACGAAGAGCGGUGCUACCUCUCCGAGUUCAGAAAUCUGGACAGGCUAGGAGACUUCGUUCUUUCCCUGCCCUUCCAGGCAGUGCCUUGCCGGUUGCGGGGGCUUACUGAAGAAGACGGCGUCUGCUGGUCUCUGGACAUGUCGGCUCGAGUGCAUAAUCUCAGUGGAGGGCCCGACACCGAGCUUCUCAUCCGGGUGGCCAAACCAAAGAUAGACACGCAGGAGCCUGUAGUGGAGCUCUUCAGGAGAAACGACGAGAACAGAAGUCUGAUCUCAAUCAACAAUACUGUCAUUGAAGCACUGAAGCAGACUCGGUGUCCUGGUUUGCACUAGUCAGAGAUCUUUCCUUUUUCAAGACUCUUUUCUGCAAAUGCUUCUCUCAUCUUCAUUGCCAGAUAAUGCAAAGAAGGGCAAGCCAUUGAAUCAACAUGAAGCUCAGCAGCCCUGGACAAGAAAGACUCAAGAACUUGACUUUUUUUUUUUUACGUCAUUCCGCCAGUUUAUUUCUUUCUCUUCCUUCUGUGUGCAUACAUGUGUGUGUGUUUAAAUAGGCAUUGUUUCGUCUCUCUUUUAGCACUGUGCGUGAGAGUAAGCUGGCGAGCGAGAUGCCCUUCACCCUGACUCGGAUUAGUGGAGUCGUCUCGUUGAACACUUGCACGUCGUCAGUUGUAGCCACAAUGUCGUUUUAGCCUUUGUGGCAGGCUUGUAGCGGGCUUUGCCCCUGUUAUGUGUUGAGACUUCAGUAUUGUUGUUGUAUUCAUGCAUUUUUUUAAUAGGGUCACAACUUCAGCACCCUUGAGAGUUGCUUUGCAGUGUAUGACCACUCACAGGGCCUGUGCCCCCGUGAAUGCAUCUCCAGUGCUUUUCCGGCUUAAUUUUUGUUUUUUGGCAAGAUUUUUUUUUCACUCAGCAUUUUCAUAGUAAUAUAAUAAUACAUUCCCAUUUUGUAACAUUUUGCUGUCCUUUUUUUUUCUUUGUCCCCUAGUGUGACCAGAGUAGAGGCAGUGACAAUGUUAUUGCGUUUGUUGAGUUUUGUCUUUGUUGACCAGUAAUAUAUCGGUGAUAACUUCCUGCCCUGUCUUUAUUGUCCUGGCAAUAGGAUGCGGGAAUUUGUGAUAUGUUGACAAAACUGCUAGUACAAUGGUUCUUUGAAGUGAUGUGGUAGUAGCAGUGCGCUUGAGAAAUGUUAACUGAAACUAAUGCUCUUGUGGGGUGUUUGAAGUGUGAAGCUUUCAACAUGAUACAGGUAAAUAAAGUUCACACUUUUUUUUUCUUUUCCUGGACACAUUUGCAGCCGUGAGCAACUCUGUUUCAAAGUACAAAUACAAGUAAGAAGCACCUGCAUAAAAAUGAUGUUGCUGCUAUCAUUGUCUCUCUCUCUCUCUUUUUUUCUUUUUCUUCAUUAAGCUCAUGUUGUUGGUGUGCCCCUUCCCACUAUUAUUUUUCCCAGAAGUCUGAUGAUUUGUUGUUCACAUUGAUGCAAAGUUUAUUUAGUUCACAAAAUUAAAGACUUCUGUUGAUCACAGCA